AUGGAUCUCUCAGGCGGUUCGCUGAUUCCGAUCGGACGACCACCGGACUUUGCUCCUGACGCGCGCCGCCGCCUUCAGAGCGUCCGCUGCGGCGGGGCGAAGCGGAAGCUGGCCGACGGCACGGCCGGGAAGCCCAGCGGAGUCCCUGAUGCCGCGAUGAUCUUGAGCGCCGCCAGCCAGAACCUAACCGCGAAUGUUGCCCAGGAUCUGAGCAAGUUCUUUGACACGGUUGACUGGCAGUUGAUGAGGCUUUUCUACGAGACAGUGCUAAGCAUGGUGGUGAACCCCGACGGCAGCAAGACCAUGCCGGACGGCACCCUGGUGCCCGCCGACGCCGAGGAGCAGAAGCUGCGCGAGGACACGGCGGGGAUGAUGCGGGAGUCGCGGGAGUCGGUCUGCGGCGGGUAUCAUUGCGACAUGGUGUCCACGAACUUGGCCUUCCUCCUGUGGCUUUCCUCUUUGGUCGUCCCCCGGUUUUGGGACCUCGGCCCGAACUACGUCCCGCUGCUGGCGCUCGGGGCCUUCGCAAACUUCUUCGCCGCGGCCACCACGCGCUUCAACGACUCGGGCAUGUCCAGCGGGCUCAGCUUCUUUCUGCCGCCUUUCUUCAUGGUCAGCCCGCUGGUCCUCCUGCUGGGCGGAAUUCCCACCAUGCUGUGGGCAGGCGCCGUGUGCGGGCACGCUGCGGCCGGGCUGCCGCUGCUGGGCGCUGCUCUGUUGAGCUGCUUCGUGGUGCUCCAAGGCGUCUUCUUCCUUGACUGCUGGGUCUGGGUGCCGCAGACGGGGUACUUGGGCGGCGCCGGCAGCUCGGAGGACUUUGGGUCCUCCUACCCUCGGGCCGGCUUCCUGCCGGCCACCUUCGCCGCUAGCUUCCUGGUGUCGCUGGCGGCUGCGUGGGGCUUGAAUGCCACAGAGCUCCAGGCCUUGGCCCUGGCGGUGCUGGUGGUGGGCCUUUGCUUGCUGCGGCUCUUCUGUGGGCCGCUUGCCCUGACGCGUCUGACGCAGCGCAUCCCGAGCUUCUCCUGGCCCAGUCUGACACGCGCCCGCGAGCGAAGGAAGAAGCAGGAGGAGCUGGAGGCCAAGGCCAAGGCCGAGAAGGAGGCGGCAGAGGAGGAGAAGAAGAAGAGGGCUGCGGAGGCCGCCGCCGCCAAAGAGCGCGAGGCCCAGGAGCGCAAGAAGGCACUGGAAGAGCUGGAGGAUGCCGAUCGGGAGGAGGAGCUCAAGAAACUCGAGGAGGAGCUGGCCCGGGAGGAGGAGGUGCGGCUUCAGAAGGAGCACGAGGAGGAGGAGCUGGAGGAAGAGGAAAGAGACAAGGCGCUGCUCGAGGAGAUGGGAUACGACGAGGACGACGUGGAGGAGCUGACGGAGGCCUUCCGGACCUUCGACAAGGACGGCAAUGGCUUCAUUGACAAGAAGGAGCUCGCUGCUGUGAUGGCCAGCUUCGGAGAGGAAUAUGAUGAUGAGGAGCUCGAUGAGAUGAUGCAAGAAGCCGACACCGAUGCCGACGGAAAGAUCAACUACGUGGAGUUUGCCAAGAUGAUGCUGAGCUGCGGCCACGAGAUAGACCAGUGUAGGGUUGCAGAGCUGCUCACGCGGAGUGAGCGUCCGGUCAAGCAGCACUUUCGGAGGGAGGACGGCCGAAAGAUGCCAAGGGACUGGCUGGAGGUUUUCCAGGGGUGGCUUCAAGCCGCUCGCUUCCCCGCCUGCUCUGCCGAGCUCAAGAAAGAACGCACGAACCGCAGGAAGGCCAAAGCGGAGAAGGUGGAGAAGGAGGAGCCGGCCGCGGAGCCGGAGCCCUGGGUUUGCCCGGAGUGCGAGCAGGAGAAUCCGCCGGAGGAGGCCGCCUGUGCUGCCUGCGAGGCGCCGCGGCCCGUGGUGGCGGACGCUCGCUUCGAGAACUUCGCUGUGGGCCUGGUGCAGAGCUGCGAGCCCGUGCCUGGGAAGGACAAGCUGAAGAAGCUAGAAGUGGACGUGGGAGAUGCGGAGCCGCUGAAGAUAGUGACCAACGCAUCCAACGUCAAGGACGGGAGCCGCGUGGUGGUGGCGAAGGUGGGGGCCAUCAUCGAGGGCGAGCCUUUGAAGAAGGCCACGGUGGGCGGUUGCCCCUCCGAGGGCAUGCUCUGCGUGAGAAGGGCGAUAGGCGGGAUUUGCCUGUGUCGCAUUGGUUUGUUUUCAGACUGA